AUGGCUCCUCAUAAGAAGAAGUCCAUCCACUUCGGGCCUUCGCACAGCGGCAAGAAGCCCGGAAAUAAGGGCAAAGUCCACAAGAAGAAACGGGCGAAGACUACCUCAAACGCAGGUCGCGCGUCCGAGUCUUCUGACGUUGCUUCGAAAUUCGAAGAUCCUUCUAUGCAGGCUAGUCCUUGGGAGAGUGAAAGCGAAGGCGAAAAAAAGGAGGACUUUCACCAUGAGUCCAGUCGCCCCGGCAGCCAGGCCGAAACCCUCUCAUCUGGCAUUCGACUCGCCCACGCAAGGAAAAGGAGUCAUUCACUUCCGAGCCAGAUUGUUGGUGACAGGACGUCUGCAGGUGAAGGAACAUUGAAUGGUAAGCUCCCGAUCUCCACUUACGUCGUCUUAUAUUCUCUGCUGGCUCCAUGGCCACCCUCACUUUCUACCACACCUGAGCUCCACAGUGUUAACACUUUACAAGCCCACAACGCUCGCACCCAAGCAAUUUCCCUUAUUCGAGCUCGCACCCUCAGUCGUUCGUCUGAUUGUGGCCAACUUUCUCCUGAGUUUCUACAGAUUCUUUUGCAGAACUAUUCUACGUCUGAAGGUGUUCCCGUCCCGGCCGCUGAAGGGCCACCCGGCAGCAUGGAUUUCAUGAAGGCAAGCCUCAUGGACUUCGUGAAGAAGCCCAAGAAGAACAAGUCCAAGGGUAAGAAGCAGAGUGGAAAUGCGGAAGCCGUCCAGGUUCCUGUUGAACAGACCGGCGGAUCAUCCAACGCACCUGAGAAGGGUAACACCGACCAUGUCCCUGUCGAACAAAUUGACAAAUUCUCCGAGUCUUCUCAGAAGGAUAGCACCGGCCUUGUUCCUGCUAAACAAACUGGCGAAUCCUCCGAAGCUCCUCAGCAGGAUAACAAUGACCAUGUUCUUGUCGAAGAGACCGGCGAAUCCUCCAAGGCAUCUGAAAAGGAAAGCACCGAAAACAAUGUUCUCACUGAACCAACUGGCGAGUCCUCCGAAGCUCCUCAGGAUAACAACGAUCAUGUUCUUCUCGAAGAGACCGGCGACUCCUCUAAGGCAUCUGAAAAGGAGAGCACCGAAAACAACGUUCCCACUGAACAAACUGGCGAGUGCUCCGAAGCUCCUCAACAGGAUAACACCGAGCAUGUUCUCACCGAAGAGAACGGCAAAUCCUCCAAGGCAUCUGAGAAAGAGGACACCGAAAACAAUGUUCCAACUGAACAAAUUGGCGAGUCCUCAAAGACGCCCGUCAUGGGUAGCACUCUCGAGCUGCCAAUUCGCGAGAAGGGUACCUCAACCAAUCCUGGCCCCGACGCAGAGGGACAGUCAAUCAAGACUCAGCCUUCUGACGACACCGACAAUGGCAAAGAUAAACAGCGCGUUGCAGUUCUAGAUGAAGCUUCCAAUGAGGAUGUAGCACUCCAUCUAGUUCAGUCUUCGGAUGAUACCGACAAAGAGAAUGUCAAGCAGCCUGUUGAAGUGUUGGAUGAAGCCGCGAACAAAGAUGCAGCACUGCCUUCUUCUCAGCCCCUUGACGACAUCGACAAGUGCAAAGGCAAGCAACGCGUCAAGCCGCUGGAGACCGAAGCCUUGAAAAGCGACCCAGCAAUCCCUUCCACUGAGCCUUCUCCCGUAGAGAGUGAGGAUUCUUGGACUAUCAUAAUCGAAAAACCAAAGUCUCCUGAAUUGGAUCGAGCUAAAGGAUCCUCGACAGCUCCUGUAAAGAAGGAAUCUUAUGCUGACAAGGUCAUGAACAAAUCACCAAAGUCUUCUGAAAUGUCUGGGGUCAAAGACGCGAAACCCGCAACUUCUCCCGUGCAAAAGAAGACCGGUGGUGUUGACGGCAAAGAUACAGCCAAAGCACCCAAAACUCUUGAGUCGACUGGGUCCAAAGAUGUGAAAUCCUCGAUUUCUCCCAUGCAAAAGAAGGCGGAUGGUGGCAAUGGGAAAGCCGCAGUUGAAGCACCCAAGACUCCUGAGUCGACCGGGUCCAAAGACUCGAGACCAUCUGUGCCAUCCUCUCAAAAGAGCUCUGCCAAACCAGCAAGCUCCAAGAAAAAGCAGCUCCCAACCAUCAAAGAAGGCCAGGCUCAGAAUGACACCGUCACUUCCGAGUACCCCUUUAUUGUAUCCUCGACUCCAAAGUCCACAAGCCCUGCGUCGACCUCAAACGUCUGGACGCCCAGCGUACCAGCAUCAACUCCCCAAACAGCCACUGCUACGUCUGCACCUUCAACUGGUGACAGCCCCAAAAACAAGGGUAAAGGCAAAGGCAAAGGCAAAAACAAGAACAGGAACAAGAACAAGGGCAAAGGCAAAGUCGCAAGCACCACCGAAGCCGUCUGCCCAGCCCGACCCCCAGCACCUUCCCCAUCGUCGACCAAGUCCACAUCCGGACCGCUGAUAGUAAGCAGCCACGCGCACCCAUCCCCAUCUACCGUUACCACCUCGUCAGCCGUCACAAACAACGCCAUCCAACACAAUGGCCGACAAAUGGUCACCCAAAAGCCCGCAGGAUGGUACUGGAACCUGGACAUCCACUGCUUUCCCUGUGCAAAGGAAGGCUGCAAUUUGAAGUGCAACCUCUGGGACGACGUAUCAAGAAUCUGCCCUAAGUGCGGCCCGUUCUCCACACUCCGCUACUGUUCACGAGAGCAUCUCCUGCAGGAUGUCAAGAAGCACUGGGAGCGCUGCGGAACGUACACCUUCGAGCAUCCGUGCAAGGAGUCGACUGUGGCUGAUAGCAUUCGUCUGGGCCCGCCGCUUAUCCCCUGCUUGUAUGGGUAUGACAUGCUCGAGCGUCAUCGCCAGGCUGUGCACUUUAACAUGAACCACCGCAAGGGCGACUACUUCAUCUUCAGCGACUGGGCUGACAUGGUCAGGAAGAAUCUGCACGAGAAGCCGGAUAGCGAUGAGCGGAAGACGAAAGUCCGCUGCUCGAGUGACAUUAUCCAUGUGGUCAAGUUUGAUGACCCGGAGGAGAGAGAUCGCUUUCGGCGUGUGCUUGCUGCGGUGCUUUUCGUAACCAUUGAAAACCCCAUGCUGACAGACUACCUGUACCGCAUGAUCCGCGACAACAUCCGCGCCACCACCACCGAUUUCACUAACCCCCCUCCCAACCCCCUGCUAUCCCUCGAAGCCUCCCUGGAGUACCAAAUGUACCGCGAGUUCAACACCACCAUCCAGCCCUACAUAACCGGCCGCCGCCACGCCUGCCCCACCGACUGGACAGGCCGCAACCGCCGCUCCUGCACCGACGAUGUCUGCUGGAAGGAGUAUGAGGAGCAGUACAAACUCGGCCAGCGUGCUCAUGGCGGCCAUAAGAUGGCUAUUGAGGAGCUUGAAGCUAGUUACUGGAUUCUCCGUAUGGCGCGCAUCACCCAUCCUACCGUGGAGCAUCCGAUGGAGCGCAUGUGGGGGAAGGGUUUCAGGGUGGAAGACGGGCACUUCGGCGUUGAUGAGCGUGAUAUGAGGAAGUUUCGUCGCGGGCCUGGAUGGGAUGGUUUCGACACUGGUGAGAUGCAGAUCGAGGGUGUUAAUUACUAG